AGGAGACAGCAUAACCGCGCAUCAGUGACAGAGAACGGAAUCAUUUCAUUUUUGUGAAAGUAAACAGCGACGGAACAAAAUGAAGAGUGUUAUUUUUGUGGCUCUGUUGGCUAUGGGCCUACAAGAUAUCGCGGCAGUUAUACACUCGUGGAAGGCAUUCUACACCGGCACCACUGGUCUGAGUCAGUUCCCUGAGUUUGUAGCCGUGAAUCUUGUGAAUGAUGAGCUGAUGGGGUACUUUGACAGCAAGACCAACAGAUUUGAAAGCAAGCAGAGCUGGAUGACUGAAAACCUGGGCCAGGAGUAUGACGAACGACAGACUAAUACUCUUCUGGGCCAUGUACCAACCUUCAGCAAUAACAUAAAAGUUGCAAUGCAGCGGUUUAAUCAGUCACAAGGUGUUCAUGUUUUCCAGUUGAUGUAUGGUUGUGAGUGGGAUGAAGAGACCAAAGAAAAAAAAGGCUACUGGCAGUACAGUUAUGAUGGAGAGGACUUCAUAGCCUUUGACCUGAGCACAAAGAAAUGGAACGCUCCAGUUCCUCAAGCUGUCCUCACCAAAAACAAGUGGGACAAUGACAAAGGUUGGAUUGCACAGGCUGAGAAUUACCUCAACCAGAUUUGUCCUGAGUGGGUCAAGAAGUAUGUCGAGUAUGGGAAGACUUCUCUCAUGAGAACAGAGCAACCCAGAGUGUCCUUCCUCCAGAAGUCUUCCUCCUCUCCAAUCAGCUGCUUUGCUACAGGUUUCUACCCCAACAGAGCAGAAAUGUUCUGGAGGAAAGAUGGAGCAGAGAUCCAUGAUGGUGUGGAGAAAGGAGAGAUCCUCCCUAACAAUGAUGGAACCUUCCAGAUGAGCGUUGACCUGAACCUUCCAUCAUCUGAGGACUGGACCAAAUAUGAAUGUGUGUUUCAGCUCUCUGGUAUUGAAAGAGAUGUCAUCACUCCUCUGGAAAAAACAAAGAUCAGUACUAAUGAAGUUUCAGGAAACCCCAUUGGGAUCGUUAUCGGGGCUAUUGCUGCAGUUCUGGUUCUGGUUUUCAUCAUUGCUGGAGUCAUCCUCUGUUGGAAGAAGAGAGAUAAUG